UGCAAAACUAUGCACAACACACAUCCAUGGAAACAAAUAUAAAUGAUUUCAAGCAAACUUUUCACCCUUUCUUUAACAAGAAAAUUUUAAAUGUUUGGACGAAACAUGAUUGUAAAAGGUACUGCGCCACCUUACCGUCAAACUCCUGAAAGCUUACACAGUUUUCAAUAUGUUCAGCGAGGUUUGAAGGACGUCCGAAAUGAAAAUUGCCAAACGACCUCUGUUGAGUUGAAAAAAAGUAAAGAGAAACGUCCAAAGUCUUCACCCAUGAGGAUAGCUGAAAAGCUUUCUGAAGAAAUCUGUUCUAAAGGACACAAAAAAAAUUCGAAGGAUGAUAUGAGGAGAAUGUAUUUCAAAAUAGUUCAACCUGGAUAUACGAUUGCCAAGCGAAAUAGCGGCAUUGAUGUAACACUAAAUAUGGACGAGCUUUGGGAAGGUGCAACAAAGGAAAGCAAAAAAAGCCUUCUUAAUCAAGAUGAAAGAGACUUGAAAAUAAAGAAAUUAAUUCAAGAGAUUAGUGAUUUAAAGGCUUCAAUAUCUGAAGAAAGAAUCUCUAAUAGAACACAAUUUCAACAAUUUGUUGAGAAUACUAAGAUUGAUGUUGAAGUUAUGAUACAAGAGCACAGAGACCAUAUAAAGACAAUUGAAGAAGAUCAUGAGCUAGAAUUAGAAAACUUGAAGGCAAUGUAUGAGGCAAAGAUUAAUGAUGAGAAAGAAGAGGCUAACAUAGCUGCAACUCAAAUGCAAAGAGAAAUUGAUGCAGUUCGAGGAACUCUGCAAUCUUGCACGGAAGAUGUGACUGUGGAAUUAGAAAAACAAUGGUUGGAUCGAAAGGAAAAACUUAACGUUGAACAUCAAAUUAAAGCUGAACAAUUGUUGAAGGAACAGCGGUUAAAAUUAAAAAGUGAACGAAUUGCGAUGAUAAAUGACAUAAAAGAGAAACAACUUCGAGAAUUAGAAAACGUGAGAGAGAGACAUUCACGAGAGAUGAAUAAUCUUCGUGAAGAAUUUGACGCUUUCGCUGCUGAUGCUGAGAAUUUUAGAAUUGCUGCCCUAGAAGCCGAGAGACUCAAGGAAGAAUUAACGGAUCUUCAGGAUGUCCACAAUGAAACUAAAAAUAAAUUAAGAAAGACAAAGAACGAGUUGGCUGAUGCGAAAGUACAGCUUCAUGGCUAUGAACUUCGCUUUGCAGAAAAGGUUGCUGAGGUUGAGGAGCGUUAUUCCAUGAAAAUUCAGGGUCUUAUGCUAAACAACACAGAUAUUCGUCGAAACUAUAUGAGAAAAUGCGCUGAACUUUUGGAUGUUCAGAAUACGAUUGACGACUCUCCCAAGGAAAGAAAAUCAAGCAAUACCAAGACAACAAUGAAGACGAUUAUACUGGCUCGUGCAAAAGCAGAUGUUAGUCUGGUAACAGCAGAACAGAAGACAAUUCCUAUGAAAGGAUCACAGGGUUCCGGAAAAAGACCCAGAAGUGCACCUGUGUUGAAACCUGAGGUUUUUGAAGAUGGUAAUCUAUUUUUAACACUCUCUGAGCUUCGACAAUACAGACCGAAUUCAAGUUUAGCAUGAAAUAAGCAAGGUACCUGUAUCCAUCAGCGAAUUAUGUGUUUGUGUGCCAGAAUUUCUUACAGUUCUUUCAAGUACUGUAAAUUUGGAGAUUUUUUUAUUUUUUAUAGGUGUGAACUGUACAUAGUAUUUAUUUA